GCGCACGCACGCCAGCGCAGAGCGCAGAUGAAAAAGUGGAGGCCGGGGGGGGCCAGCGGAGAGGGAGUGCGAGGAAUUGGGGCCAGCGGGAGAAAUACGGGAUUAUGGUUAUCGGGGGGUGUGCUGGUGCUUUCACGGGAGUAGCCUGCGGUUUCCGUCGCCGUCUUGUCACCGGGAGGGUGCUGGUGGAGCUGGGGAGAAAGGGGUACUAGCGAGGGCAAGGGAAGAGUGGUGGUAGCUGGAGGAGGAGGCCGCGGCGGGGGGGCCGAGGGGAGGGGGGGGGUGCUCGUUACAGAAAAAGGAAAACAAUAUGGCCGCCGUGGAGCUAGAAUGGAUCCCAGAGACUCUGUAUAACACUGCUAUUUCCGCCGUGGUGGAUAAUUACAGCCGGUCGCGAAGAGAGAUCCGCUCACUCCCGGAGAAUAUCCAGUUUGAUGUUUACUAUAAGCUGUACCAGCAGGGUCGUCUCUGUCAACUCGGUGGGGAGUUCUGUGAACUGGAGGUCUUUGCUAAAGUUCUCCGGGCAUCGGAUAAAAGACACCUCCUGCACCACUGUUUCCAGGCCUUGAUGGAUCAUGGUGUGAAGGUGGCCUCCGUCCUGGCGAACUCCUUCAGCCGCCGCUGCUCCUACAUCGCCGAGUCCGACGCUCACGUCAAAGAAAAAGCUAUUCAGUUCGGCUUCGUUCUAGGUGGCUUCCUGUCAGAUGCGGGCUGGUACAGCGAUGCUGAGAAAGUGUUCCUGUCAUGCCUGCAGCUGUGCACACUGCACGACGAGGUGCUGCACUGGUACCGGGCUGUGGAGUGCUGUGUGAGGUUGCUCCACGUACGAAAUGGCAAUUGCAAGUACCACUUGGGAGAAGAGACCUUUAAGCUGGCCCAGUCCUACAUGGAGAAGCUGGCCAAGCAUGGUCAUCAGGCCAACAAGGCUGCACUGUACGGAGAGUUGUGUGCCCUGCUUUUUGCAAAGAGCCACUAUGAUGAGGCUUACAGAUGGUGUAUAGAAGCAAUGAAGGAGAUCACGGUGGGUCUGCCUGUGAAGGUGGUGGUUGAUGUCCUCAGACAGGCAUCUAAGGCCUGUGUUGUGAAACGCGAGUUUAGGAAAGCUGAACAGCUAAUAAAACAUGCUGUGUUUUUGGCACGGGAGCAUUUCGGACAUAAGCACCCAAAAUAUUCAGACACUCUACUAGAUUAUGGUUUUUAUUUACUAAAUGUAGAUAACAUCUGUCAGUCUGUCGCUAUCUACCAGACAGCACUUGAUAUUCGGCAGUCUGUGUUUGGGGGGAAAAACAUACAUGUAGCAACAGCACAUGAAGACCUAGCUUAUUCUUCUUAUGUGCACCAGUACAGCUCUGGCAAAUUCGACAAUGCACUAUUCCAUGCGGAACGUGCCAUAGACAUCAUUACUCACAUUCUUCCUGAGGACCACCUGCUCCUGGCGUCGUCCAAACGAGUGAAAGCCCUCAUCCUGGAGGAGAUUGCCAUCGACUGCCAUAACAAGGAGACAGAGGAGAGGCUCCUGCAAGAGGCUCACGACCUGCACCUGUCCUCCCUCCAGCUGGCCAAAAAAGCUUUCGGGGAGUUCAACGUUCAGACGGCAAAACACUACGGCAACCUCGGGCGGCUCUAUCAGUCCAUGCGCAAGUUCAAGGAGGCGGAGGAGAUGCACAUCAAAGCAAUUAAGAUCAAGGAGCAGCUGCUGGGGCAGGAGGAUUAUGAGGUGGCGCUGUCGGUGGGACACCUGGCCUCGCUGUACAACUACGACAUGAACCAGUACGACGAUGCUGAGAAGCUGUACCUGCGCUCCAUUGCCAUCGGGAAGAAGCUCUUUGGCGAGGGUUACAGCGGACUAGAAUAUGAUUACCGGGGCCUGAUCAAACUGUACAACUCGGUGGGCAACUAUGAGAAAGUCUUUGAGUACCACAACAUCCUGUCCAACUGGAACCGGUUGAGGGACCGGCAGUUUGCAGUGGCCGACGCCCUGGAGGAUGUCAACACCAGCACUCAGGCCACCCAGGAGGUGGUGCAGUCCUUCCUCCUGUCCCAGGGCCACAGCGAAGGGGCUGCCUGCUGAGCCCUGCACGUGCAGCCCUCCCGCAGAGCCCCUCUAGAGGCCAGACUGAUGUGGGACACCACCACGACCGGGGGGCAGCCUGCCUGACUUCAGAAAAGGACAAGGAACUCUGCCCCCUAGAGGCCUCUGUCCGCGUCUCACCUUUGCCCUCACCAGCAGCUCAUUACUGGCACCUGCUCCUCAAGAGCUGGGUGGAAGGUGCUGUCCUCAUGCUGCGAUAACCAAGUAUCACCCACACAGCUUCUGCAACCCCCUUGUUUUCCCCUCUGUCCUACCAGGCUAUCAGACCCUUUAAACCAGCUUUAAAGAAGAGACAAAGGGGAAGAAAAAAAAUAUUUUGCCGUUCAUUUGAUUUUUGUUACUGACUUUUAAUUGCUGAGUAGCCACAUACGCCACAUUUUGGAAUUCAAUGCAUCCACAGUCCCAGGCUGGGAGUCUUUUACAUAGAAGUGCACAGCAGCAAGUCCUGGGGUCAAGCAAUAUAUUUCUACAGGAAAACGUCAGCGACCUCAAAUCUGGAGCCUUUGCUGUGGAGAAGGAUAGUGUUUGGGAUCGUCUCCCUAUUGUAAGGGAUGUGUGUGUGCGUGGGCAUCACACAUGUCCGAAUAUCAGCCCAGUGAGCGAUGUUGCAUGUUUUUAGAUUGUUCUCAUCACUUGUGGACCAGUUAUUCUUUUUAAUAUUUUGCUUCUGUCUUGGCAUCAUUAAAACGGGGAAAAAAAGUCAGUGUCUGGUCCUCAACCAGAAGAAAUUAUAUUUGAUUUGAUUACUUUAAAAGUACAAUUAAAUUGCACCCAUGUGUUACAUUUGUACUCUGGAUUCUUUGGACCAGUGGCUUUGCUCCUGCAUUAGAUAAAUGGCCAAUUUAAAGCUUUUAAAUUUUUUUUACCCCCACUUUAAAUUUAAGAUUGAUUGUCAAUGCCAAUGAUCCUGAAGUUGUGUGAAUUACAGUUUCAAGUCAAAAUAGCCAAAUCGUAAAACUAAACUCUAGAUGUAUAGCAGUGAUCAGCUGGUUCUGGGAUUUUAAACGUUGCCAACAGAAGUGUUUUAAAGGGGCAGAGGUCAGGUUACAGAGUUUGGGGAGCAGUGUACCCUCACUCAGUGGGAGGUGACGGUGUACAGACUCUGUUGUCCAGGGCGCGUGUUGUUAGGUUUGGCUCAGAUGUCCAAUCGCAUUGCUGAGGUCCCGAUACGUGCAGUCUGACACUGAAUUCAGAGUAACUCUGCUGCCUGCUCGAGUCUUCCUCUGAGUCUCUUUGCUCAUGUUUCACAUCCUCAAGCCCCUGCAGUCCUCCCAACAAACACUACAGGUGACACUGAAGGCUGUUAUAAAGGGGCUCUAGAAAGUGGGACAAACAUUUUCACUGAUACACAGGAAAGAUCAAGAGGUGUUGGGUAUGUAAUCAUGGUGUUAUAAACAGCACGAUCGCUUUGUUUCACUCUUUCUGGGACAAACUGCAUAGUGUUGUUUGUCCUGUGCAGGGACUGUACUGAAUUGCGUAGUCUGGGGAAGUGGAUUUGGCUUGUUGCUAGAGUAGCCACUGCACAGGACUGCUCGGGAUGCUAUGCCCAACCACAUGUGUACAGGAACGUUAACAGCUGGAUCUGAUUGACCACUGAGCCAGCCGGAAAGCACUAUUCUUUGUUUCCUGCUCCACUUGGUCUGCCCCUUCCUCCUCUCCAUCACGUCACACCGUUCCUUGUGAGGUUCUACACAAUCGUAUAAACAGUGUGCAUCAUUUCACCACUUGUAUUCAAGUUUAUGUACUUUAUAAAUCACUGCUAAUAUAUUCUGAACUUUUGUUUUGGCUCCAGUGCAUCGAUCGGUUCCUUUCACAGCCUUCUAAAACGUAAUCUCAAAAGUGAAUCAUGGUUCUGUUCCUUGUUGCAUUUUAGCCCGUCUCUGACCGGUGUCCAAGCCUUAGCCUUAAAGGAUAUCCAGCCUGGUGAUCUGGGCCUGUGGUGCUAUCUCUACGUCCCCUCGUGUAAAGAGCAGGUCCUUCAUUCCAGCUGUUUGUCAUCAUGUGUGAAGGGUCACUGACAGCCCCUUCUAUGCAGUAGGUACAGGUGCUCUGGGGUGGUUAGUUCUGAUACGAACACACGGAGCUGUGAAUCUCCUGUGCCUAUUGUGGCCAGGCCCUCGCUCACAGGCGGUGACUCGUGCUUUAGUCCACGCAGUAGACUAGUCAACAGUCAACUAGUUAACGGUGCUGAUGGCGAAUUUUAGUCCAGGACCGAGUGAUGUUAUCAAUUUUGAAUGCAGUAUAUGUUCUGGGAACUGGUCCAGGUAAUUUACAGAGCUAGUGUGCUAAGUGCGUUGUAGUUCUGUGAAGUGGAUUUUUUGCCUGUGCUGUUAUUCCCGAUUGUAAAUGACCUCGACCCUAGUUCACACUGCCUAGCCCCAACAACAUCAAUCCAGCCAGUGACACCAGGGACAGAAUCAGGCACAUCGGCCAUUUCUCUCUUGUGCAGUCCAAAUUUUAAUACUGUUAUAGCAUUAUAAGCGGGUUUUCUACGGAAAAAGGCUUAGAACUCCUUCAAGCAAACUCGAUGACUCUUCAGGUUUCAUUUUAAAUUUAAUUUUAGCUCCAGAAGUCCUUUAUUUUUUUUCCCCCUUUCACACCAUUAAAGAUCUAGAAACAUGCUUCAUUAGCCUACCUUGCAUAUGGAGAAUGCAGUAGUUCAAAGAAAUCGCACGCCUUCAGUAGACUUGGGCACCGCAGAACUUGCGGAGUUCAUAUGGACACACUUCCCAUAAUCCCUCGAUUGAAAAAUCAUGGCCGUGGGAAGAGGCAAAGGAUAUUAUGGGGUGACGUGUUGACGCAAGAAAAUUUUCCUUCCUUCUGGUGCUCCUCAAAAUGUGAUGUGAACGUUCUAGACAGGUUCUUGUCUGUUACAAUCCAUGUUUCUCUUCUGUAAAAACACUAAAGGCAUGCAAAGAGCUGAUAUGAGUAUAAAA